UCCAACAUCACCUCCUGCUUCUCAAAUGUCUGUACACCACAGCAUACAGAAAGCAUUUAAAGAUUCGAAUUAACAGAUUAAAUUUCAUUAACAUACUGUGCUCAUAUUAGUUACAUGACAUAAAAAGAAAAAGUCAUAAAUGUAAAAAUGCUCCAGAAAAUUACCGUGCAAACACUGCCACUUAAUAACAACGUUAAUAUCUGACACUGCCAUCAGUAUAACUCACUUUGAAUAAAAUGUGAAUCUUUCAAAUAUGAAUGAUUUUCUGAAUGUUAUCUAUAUCCAUUAAACUCUUCUUUGGGCAGUGGGAAUGGCUGAGAAAUUGGACCACUAAAUAACUCGGUUAUGCUGUGUAGCUACUUUGAGAAAUUAUAAAUUCGUGCGUGUCCAUUUGAUUUUUAAGAUGCCUCCAAAACAAGAUGUGCAUUGUUGAAGUUGGGGCCCAGGGUAGAAUCACAGACGCUUUUGUUCGGGGCUCCCCGUUCCUGCGAAGGCCUGCUGUCGAUCAAGAAGCAAGCGUCCGCCCCCAUCGGCCCUUUCACUCACUGCUGCAGCUGGCUGCUUACCGUCUGCUCUCUGCAAUCUGUGCUAGAGAGGCCAAAGGAGCUACCGCUUCAGUAUUAAACCCGGCCUACAGACGCUUAUGACGCUCGCCGCCAAAGAACACAAAUAACACGAGUGCUGGGAUGUCACCCAUGCUUCAGGCUAAACAUGUUCUCCAAGGGCACCAAGCGUAAGUUUUCCGAUGGUGAUGAAGAGAUAUCCGACGAAAGCCUGGUAGGUGCCAGGGUGGCAUCUUCGUACAGCUUGCAACGGCAGUCGCUGCUGGACAUGUCCCUCAUUAAGCUGCAGUUAUGCCACAUGCUGGUGGAGCCCAACCUCUGCCGCUCGGUUCUCAUUGCCAACACAGUCAGGCAGAUUCAGGAGGAGAUGACCCACGAUGGCAGCUGGCAUAUGGUCACUGAAGCGUUCUGCGGUCCAGGCCAGAGUCCCUCCGAGCGCUUGGUGGCCACUGAGGUCCUUUGCAGGUCGCGAGAGCAGGAUGCAGAACCUAAACUCUUUUCUGUCAUCAGCUACGAAGGUUGCCGUGAAGAGGAGGUGGUAGCUGAUGAGACGCUGUGCUCCGUUUCAGUUAGCGAUACUGUCUCUAAUGUGUGCCUGGCAGGGCGUGUGGGCCAGUGCUGGGAGAAGAGUGAGCUCAGUGGUGUAGAGAGGGAUGAAGAGGCCCUUGAAGACUCUAGACUUGAUUCAGGAGAAGAUGAGGAGAUAGACACCGAGGAUGGGGCUUCUACAGAGAGUCCAAAGACCACUGGACAAGUUUUUGGGACAUUUGAAAUAAAAAACGGUUCCCCGGGUCCAGACUCUGCUCUUGAGGAACUGUUCUCUGAUGUGGACACCUCCUACUAUGAUCUGGACACCAUGUUGACCGGCAUGCAGAGCGCACCCAAGAUGGGCCCUUAUGACCUCCUUGACAGCUUGGCACCUUCACACAGUUCCCCUUCCAUAGUAUCCACCCCGACCUGUCGUUCUGAUCUCAAUGAACUGGAUCACAUCAUGGAAAUCAUUGUGGGUUCUUAGGUUCGACCUUAUUCAGAGACUUACACGCUUGUCUUAAUGUUACUGGCUUUUCUGUUCUUUAUGGAAAGCAAGUAAAGUCUGGAGUCCUUUCAGGGAAAAGAGUUGAUGUCUUUUGAAGGAUGGCCUUGAUUUUAUGAGCUGACCAUAGUCAUCUUAUUUGCAUACCGUUGGUAUGUUUUAAUGAUUUUUCUGUAUUUGUCUGUCCAGACAUGCUGUUUUUUAAAUUUAAUUUAUUUGUUAUACUCCUGACACUACGGAGAGCAGAACAAGAUGUAUACAAAAGUUGUAAAGCUUGGCAUAUUUUCAUAAGGAGACAAAAGAUUGUCUAAAUGUGUAUAUAAAUUAUAUAUUUUUUACAAUAGAUUCUUCUUGUAAUAUGUUACUGUACACUAUGUACAUGUUCUACAAAUUGAUUUUAACCGAAGAGAUUAGAUUCUUAUGUACAACAACUCAACAAGUUUUCCGUUUAUCAAAAUCCAUAAACUGAAGGAACUUAAUUCAGUACUACAAUAUACAAAAGGCACCAAGUAUACAUACGAUGAUGCAUGUUUUACAUUUAUGUGCUUAUUUGCGCAAAUUUUUUUUUUUUUUCCCCCUCAAGGUUUGAUUGCAGUUGGCUGUCAAUCAGCUCAGCCGUAGGUUUUUUUUGUUGUUAGACGUCAAAGUUCUUAUAUUUUGUCUUAUCAACAAAUGAAGUGUAAUGGGGCCAACCCAUUUUUUAUUGUGACUUAAUUUAUUUAAUUUAUUUACUGCAAACGGUGAGUGUUGGCUGUGGUCAAACUCAGGGUGGGUUUUUAACUCUAGAGGACUUAAUAAGCCUGAUUCACAAAAGUAUUUUGCACAUGGUAAAUCGGUCACAGAAUUAGUGCUUUGUGAGUUGUUUUGCACCAAUUAUUGGUUUCAGUAUUGAUAUUAAAUAAGUUAACUGUUUUAAUAUUGGUGAUUGGCUUAAGUAUAUCAGUCUAUUAGUCCUCUAGACCCCUCAUAACGAGAAGGCAUUUGUCUAGUUCUAUGCAUUGAGUGUCAUAACACACUUUAUACAUAUGAAGUGUUUAAAAUGCAUUUAGUACAGUAU